CCCGGCUCGGGCUCCGCUGGCGGAGGGGGCAACCCAGCAGCGCCUUCCUCGGGAGCCUUGAGCGCCCCGGCGGCUUGGAGAGCACCAUGCCCAAGAAGAAGCCGAUGCCGAUCCAGCUGACCCCCACGCCCGACGGCUCCGCCAUCAACGGGACCAGCUCGGCGGAGACAAAUCUGGAAGCUCUGCAGAAAAAGUUGGAGGAGUUAGAACUCGAUGAGCAGCAGCGGAAACGUCUCGAGGCCUUCCUUACCCAGAAACAAAAAGUUGGGGAGUUGAAGGAUGAUGACUUUGAGAAAAUCAGUGAACUGGGUGCUGGAAAUGGCGGGGUGGUCUUCAAAGUUUCACACAAGCCUUCUGGCCUCAUUAUGGCAAGGAAGUUAAUUCACCUAGAGAUCAAGCCGGCCAUUCGGAACCAGAUAAUCCGGGAGCUGCAAGUCUUGCAUGAAUGCAAUUCUCCCUAUAUAGUGGGCUUUUAUGGAGCAUUUUACAGUGAUGGCGAGAUCAGCAUUUGCAUGGAGCACAUGGAUGGUGGCUCUUUGGAUCAAGUCCUGAAAAAGGCUGGCAGAAUCCCUGAACAGAUUCUAGGCAAAGUCAGCAUUGCCGUAAUAAAAGGCCUAACGUAUCUGAGAGAGAAACAUAAGAUAAUGCACAGAGAUGUUAAGCCAUCCAACAUUUUGGUUAACUCUAGAGGGGAGAUCAAGCUUUGUGAUUUUGGUGUCAGUGGACAACUGAUAGAUUCAAUGGCAAACUCCUUUGUGGGCACAAGGUCCUACAUGUCCCCGGAAAGACUACAAGGGACUCACUAUUCGGUGCAGUCGGACAUCUGGAGCAUGGGGCUCUCGCUGGUAGAAAUGGCCAUCGGCAGGUACCCAAUUCCACCGCCAGAUGUGAAGGAGCUGGAGCUCAUGUUUGGGUGCUCCGUAGGGGGCGACUCUCCCGUCGCCGAGACGUCACCCAGGCAACGGACACCAAGCCGGCCAAUGAGCGCCUACGGUUCGGAUAGCAGACCCCCCAUGGCCAUCUUUGAACUCCUAGACUAUAUCGUCAAUGAGCCUCCUCCAAAGCUUCCCAGCGGAGUCUUCAGUCCAGAAUUUCAGGACUUUGUGAACAAAUGCCUGAUCAAGAAUCCAGCGGAGAGGGCAGAUCUAAAGCAGCUUAUGGUCCACACGUUCAUUAAGAAAUCAGAGGCCGAAGAAAUGGAUUUUGCAGGCUGGCUGUGUUCCACCAUCGGCCUUCACCAGCCUAGUACCCCAACCCACGCUGGAGGAGUCUGACUGUCAAACAGCGAUGCAAAGAAUUCACCAAGUGUUAUGCAAUCUUCAUUCCAAGUGGGGCUUGAAUAGGAGCCCCACACAAGACCCACUGAAACGAACCGGAGUGGCACCUGGUGGAUUUGCGUUCCAGCCCACCUCCUAUCUAACUGUCUAAAGCAACGCGGUUUUGGUCCUGUUUUUCAAAGCUUCUGUCUACCAGAAAGUGUAUCCUCCCCCCGCCCCCAUUCCCCUUAAGGAAAAAACGUGUCUCUACUUAGCAUGUGCCAAAUUAUUUUCCGUGUCAGUUUCCGUUUCUCUUUGGAGUUCUAAAUUAACAGCUGUUGUGUUUGAUUACUUAACUGACCAAACAUGUGGCGCUUUAAGUUAGCGACCUGCAAAUUUGGAGUGGACGUUGGGUGUCCUUUCACGAUGGGGGGAUCCCCCUGGAGCUGUUGCCGCCCUGCCCCGCCAGGCUGGUUUUGACCUUGACCCUUUUGUGACUGGGUGGUACGUUCAGCCUUGCUUAGCCAGUCCCGGGGGAAACAGUCAGAGCUGCCCCGAACAAGCGUGUCCCAAGCAUGUACUUGCUGCUACGAAGCUGAGAUUGAAGUUCUGAACAACUGUUCUGUUCUUUGUGUAACGAACUCUUGAUAGAUGUGAGCAGGGCCUGAGCCCGAUGCUGCUGCCACCUUCUCUGUUCCCCACCCUGUCAACAUAAUGAAAUCUGUUGGCACUUCUAUUUAUUUCUAAGUGUCUUGUUGAGUAUUUGGGGAUUGCUUAGUGGUGUACAUCUCCCUCCCGGUUAAUUUGGUAUUUGUAUUUUGAGAACAGGUGGUAGGAAAGUGAUCCUUCAGACAGAAUCAAAGGUGGAGAAAUGCAUCAGAGUUGCUUCUCUUCUAGGUCCGCUGAAUUUAAUAGGACAAAUUGUGCAUACUUCGUGUUUGAAAAUUCUUUUAAUCAUUUUAUUCUUUCAGAUGUUGAGCGAUUUCAUCUUACACUAAUAAAUAUAUCAUGAAGUUA